CGGCUCCAAGAUGGCGGCGGCGGCUCCUCCGGCUCCAUCGCCGCCUCCCCCUCCUCCAGCCGGCCCGUGUUGUCCGGGUUCUUGGCCUAACUUCGCCGUCGUUUGUUCAUUCCUCGAACGUUACGGUGCUUUGUUGGAUCUCCCCGAGUUGCCUUUCCCCGAUCUGGAACGAGUCUUGCAGCCUCCACAGGAACCUGGAGAUCAGGUUCCAAAAGAAUUGGUGGAGCUUCACUUGAAACUGAUGAGAAAGAUUGGGAAGUCUGUCACAGCAGACAGAUGGGAAAAAUAUUUGAUCAAGAUAUGCCAAGAAUUCAACAGCACUUGGGCUUGGGAGAUGGAAAAAAAAGGAUACUUAGAAAUGAGUGUCGAAUGCAAACUGGGGAUUCUGAAGUAUCUCUGUGAAUGUCAAUUUGAUGACAAUCUGAAGUUCAAAAAUAUAAUUAACGAGGAGGAUGCUGAUGCCAUGCGCCUUCAGCCUAUUGGUCGAGACAAGGAUGGACUGAUGUAUUGGUAUCAGCUGGAUCAAGAGCAUAAUGUCAGGAUGUACAUAGAAGAACAGGAUGACCAGGAUGGAUCCACAUGGAAGUGCAUUGUUAGAAACCGAAAUGAGCUUGCUGAGACCCUUGAGCUCUUGAAAGCACAAAUUGAUCCUGCCCUGCUGAAAAACAACAGUUCUCAGCAAGAGAAUUCAUCACGUGAAAGCCCAAGUAUAGAAGAUGAAGAGACCAAGAAGGGUGAAGAAGCAUCUACACAAGAAAACCAAUUAAAAAUCAAAGAAGAAAAAGAUGAGGUGGAGGAACAGUCAAAGGAAUUGGAAAGUCUUCCUCUUCCCGUGGUCAAAGAGGAUGAAAACAUGACAAAAAUAGAGAAGGUUGAAGAAAAAGAAAUUAUUAAAUUGCCAGUAAUAGUAAAGUUAGAGAAGCCUUCGGAAUACAACGAAGAGAAACAAACUGUCAAAGAAGAAAGUGACUCCUUUAAAGAAAAUGUCAAGCCUGUUAAAGCAGAGGCGAAGGAAAACAAAAUAGAACCAAAGGACUUAAAAGAAGUAAAAAGUUCGACUGACAAAAUAGCAGUUCAUGAGCCUGAGAGGUUAGAAUUUUGUGUUAAUGUCAAAACGCCCCAGGAAAUUGUGGAGAAAUCUGUAGAAGAAAGUGAGAAACUUAAAAAUGACCAGCAGGCAAAAAUACCUCUUAAAAAACGAGAGAUCAAGCUGACAGAUGAUUAUGACAGUCCUAUAAAGGGGUCCCUGUGUAAAUGCGUGACUCCAACAAAGGAUGUCUUGAAGGAAGAGGGGAAACCAGAAGAGGAAACAUUUAAGAGAGUCCCUACAAUUACUGCUUUAUGUCCUGAUGGAAAAGUGCUGGUAAAUGGAGAGGUUAGCAGUGAAAAAAUAACUCCAAGUGUCAUACAGAAUAAUAGGUCGGAGCACAUUGUCAGUACGAAGGAAGACAGCAGCUCAUUAAAAGAGAAAAAUGGGAAAAGUGGGGAAAAAGUAUCAGACUCCCUAAAUUCUGUUAGUAAGAUUGUAAAAGCAUGCGAGGUUGAGAGAAAUGCAGUAACUGUGGUGAAAGAGCUAGGGGCUGUGGUCUCUGAGGUUUCCAAUCAGAAAGUGCCUUUAAAGGAGGAAUCUAGUCCUGUGGAAAAAGAGAACCUUGACAGUCCGGCUACUGAAAUGGUAGUGGAAGAAUCUUUAAACUCUGAAGACUGUGCCAAAAAACCCGAAGAGAAACUAGCCACGAUAAUCAAAAAGGACAGACUGCCACCGCCCAAAGAAUGUGUAGAGAAGCUGGAGAAGCCCACAGACACAUCUGCUCCUGCAGAACUGCCCAAGCCUGCACCGUCUGAGGAAGAGACCUUGAAAAGCAGAAGUGAGCCCGAGGAGAAACCUGAUUCUCCCAAAGCUGCUGAGACACCCCCUCCAUCUUCUUCUCCUGUUACUUUAGAGAAGCCUGUUUUGGAAACAGAAGGUUCUGAUGCUAAACCUGCACUCCCUGAGGAAAGCCAAAUAGAAGAAAAAUCCAGCCCUGAAAAACCAGAGGAAGAGCCUGAAGCUUCCAAGCCAGAGCCAGAGGGAUUAGAUGAUGCCCAUGCGUCCAAUCUAGAGAACUCCUCCGAGAGUAAAAAGGAUUCCCCAACACCUAAAAGCAAAUUUAAGUAUAAACUAGUUUCUGAAGAAGAAAGCUGCACAACAGAUAAUAAGGAAAUAACUUCUGAAAGACAGAAGGAAGGGAUUAAAUUAACUAUCCGGAUCUCCAGUAGGAAGAGAAAGGCAGAAACACCCCCAGAAGAUGUCACUGCUGGCCGCACGUUAAGGAGAUCCCCAAGAAUAUCUAAGCCUACCCCCAAAAUUGUGGAGACUCGGGAUCAGAAAUCUGAUAAAAAACGAACUGAAGAGGAAGAGGAGAAAACUGCACAUAAGCAGGAAAGAAAAGAAGACACAAAAAAACAAGAGAAGGAGUCAAAUUCUAAGGUUAAUAAGAGAAGCAAAGUUCGGUGGACGGGUACACGAACACGUGGCAGGUGGAAAUACUCAAGCAAUGAAGAUAGUGAAGACUCAGAGAGUGAAAAAAACUCUGAUGAAGAGGAGGAAGAAGAAGAAGAGGAGGAAGAAGAAGCUGCACCAGCUGAUGAUGAUGAACCAUGCAAGAAGUGUGGCCUUCCCAACCACCCUGAGCUGAUUUUGUUAUGUGACUCCUGUGACAGCGGAUACCAUACAGCUUGCCUUCGCCCUCCUUUGAUGAUAAUCCCUGAUGGAGAAUGGUUCUGCCCACCUUGCCAGCACAAAUUACUCUGUGAGAAAUUAGAAGAACAAUUACAAGACCUGGAUGUCGUCUUAAAAAAGAAGGAGCGUGCAGAACGCAGAAAAGAGCGACUGGUGUACGUUGGUAUCAGCAUUGAGAACAUCAUUCCACCUCAGGAGCCGGAAAUCCCUGAAGGUCAAGAAGAAAAAAAGAAAGAUUCCAAAAAGCACAAAUCAAAGCUGCUUGAAAGGAGGUCGACCAGAACCCGGAAAUGCAUAAGCUACAGGUUUGAUGAAUUUGAUGAGGCAAUUGACGAGGCAAUUGAAGAUGACAUCAAGGAAGCAGAUGGAGGAGGCAUUGGCAGAGGCAAAGACAUGUCUAACAUCACAGGACAUCGUGGAAAAGACAUUUCCACAAUCCUAGAGGAAGAAAGGAAAGAAAAUAAGCGACCCCAAAGGGCAGCUGCAGCACGGCGCAAGAAACGACGGCGACUAAACGACCUGGAUAGUGACAGUAAUCUGGAUGAGGAAGAGAGUGAGGAUGAGUUUAAGAUCAGUGAUGGAUCUCAGGAUGAGUUUGUUAUAUCAGAGGAAAAUCUGGACGAGAGUGAAGAUGAUCCACCAUCAAACGAGGACAGCGAUUCCGAGUUCUGUGCCCGCAUAUCCAGGCGGCACCUCGCCAGGCCCAUGAGGCAAAGCAGGCGGUUACGGAGGAAAACAGUCAAGAAAAAAUACUCUGAAGAUGAUGAAGAUGAAGAUUCCGAGGACAAUUCAAGCAGAGAAUCUGAGAGUGGUGAUUACACAGAUUACAGUGAUGAUGAUUACCUGGAAACCAGGAGGAGAAGAUCAAGAAGGAAUCAGAAGAGGCAAGUUAACUACAAGGAGGAUUCAGAAAGUGAAGGCUCUCAGAAAAGUGUCCGAUAUGGAAAGGAGUUAAGAAGAGUUCAUAAACGCAGGCUCUCCACUUCAGAUAGUGAAGAGAGCUACGCGUCCAAGAACUCCGAAGAUGAUGAUUCCACAAAAGAGUCGAAGCGGCUGAUUCGAAAACGUCGGCGAAGUACGGACGACUACUCUGAGGAAGGAGAGGAUGAGGAAGAUGAGGAGAGGCCUGUCCGCAAACGGCUCAACAGAAUUGAAACAGACGACGAAGAUAACUGCGAAAAUGCUAACGAGGAGGCAGAAAACCCUGCAAAUAAGCUACCAGCACCACAGGCUCCUCCAGACAACAUCAAGAAGCACUGCUACCGGAUAGAGAGUGACGACGAAGAUGACUUUGAUAACGUAGGGAAAGUAGAGAGCCCUUUGGACUACAGCCUGGUGGAUUUGCCUUCCACCAACGGACAGAGCCCAGGUAAAACCAUUGAGAACUUGAUUGGCAAACCUAGUGAGAAGACCCAAGCCCCCAAGGACAGCACAGCCAGCGCCAGCCUGGCGCCCAACGGGACGGGGAGCGGGCAGGAAGCAGUAGGGCCAGAGGAAGAUGAAGAUGAACUUUUGAGAGUGACUGACCUUGUUGAUUACGUCUGUAACAGUGAACAGUUAUAAGACUUCCGUUUUUGUGCUAAUUUAUUCCACGGUAGCUCAUACCAGCGGGCCAGUUAUUAAAAGCUGUUUUAUUUUUCCUAGAAAAUUCUCCACUACAGUAUCACUUUUUAGAAGCAAGAAUUUCACCAGUCCUGCAGUCUUUCUGUGAAGUGACCAGUUUUGAACUUUGAAGAAGAAUUGCUGUAAAUUCCCCUCUCUUACCCCCCUUUCUCCUUCCAAGUCCACGGUCCUGGGUAAUUUCACUCACAAAAAACCUUAUCACAACAAGAGAUUUGUAUAUUUUUGGCUUUAUAUUUCCUGAGUGCAUACAAAUUUGUGGAAAUGGGUGGCCUAAGAAAGCAUUCCAAAUCGGUCAGGGCCCAAACCGGAAUUUGGGGUGGGUUUGGCUCAAGGGGUGGGCGGGGUGCAGAAGCACUUGUGCUUUAGCUUUUUCAUAUGAGAUAUAUAUUAUAUUUAAAUGUUCACAACUUAGAUUACAACUUAACAGACAGUCUCCAAUUUAACGUCUGUACUGUCGCAUUUUGUGAGUUGUAGGUUAACAUGCCAUAGCUCAUUAGUAAUCACCUUCAUGGAAGCAGUUUCAUUUUAAUAUCGGAGGCAAACAGAAUUACUAGAGGCCAAGAAGGUACCAUAAACAAGAACUCUACUAUCCAUUAUGACUUGCAGACUUUCCUAAUAAACAUCCUUUAAAGUGUUUGUACAGUAAAGUGUACUGUAAUGAAGUUUUUGACAGUUGAAACAUGCUAGUGAUGAAUACACAAAGCUAUCUCAUGCGUAGUUCAUCAGAUGGUCUUCUGUGCACGGUGUCCACUGGGAGGACGCAGUGAUGUGAAGUUGGUCUGUAAGCGGGAUGGCAUCUUGACGUGCUGCAAACUCAUACAGACAAAAGAAUCCUGCAGUAUCUGCCUGGCCACUUGGGUUCCACCUUCUGUCGGAGUAUCUGAAUGGAACGUGUCUGUACAAACUGCACUGACCGCCGAAUUACAGCGCAUCGAAGGAUUGAGGGAUUUUCCAAUAAGCCGUGACUGGUCCAUUCAUGUCCUUAGUAUCUACUUCAAAUUGAAGUAAACAAAUGGAACAGUUUUCCUUUUGGAGGUUUUCUGUUUGGGGUUUGUGUGUGUUUUUUGUUUUGAUUUUACUUAUCUGCCUGGAUGUAUUAGCAGGUUUUGAAUGUAGUGUUGGCCUUUGGCCAUUAGAGUUUUCUUAAAAUACAUUUUAAUAAUUGUCCCGUGACCAAAACUGAUUUCAAGAAGGCAGUGUUUCUGAGAGAAAACGCUCGGCUCCAAGACGUCCCAUCGACUUUGGAGAGGGCCUGAAGUGAUAUGUGCUGUCGUUAAAACAAAUGGAGACUACAAACAAAACCAACAAACGUGGGCACAUAAGAAAGAGCAGAGCUGAGAUUUGCUUUGGGAAGCGUUGAGUUUUCUCUUCAUUUGGAAUUAAGAUGCAGGCUGUAGCGUUUGUACGUGUUGUAGCACACAGCUGACAAAGAUCUGCCAAACGUUGAAAUCCAAAAAGGUCACCUUGUUACUCCUUUUGCUCUGAGAUUUGGAUUUUUGACUGGUGUUGAUGUCCAUUGCCGGCAAUGGAUGCACCAAAACUGCUGCUGCCACUGAGGAGUGAGUUCUCCUUUCCUGCCCCACCUGAUUCCCUUCCAUUAUGUUGUAUUUACUAGUCAGUCAUGAAGCACUUCUGUUUUCUUAUACUAAAACCGGCAUUAGGCCUUUACUAAAUACCUCUCUAGAAAACCUAGAUCCAAAAAAAUACCUACUUCUGGCCUGGCAAGUCUUGGUUUUGUUUCCCCCACCUCUCUCCACGAGUUCUAUCAGAACCACUCCGUGACUGUUACUCGAUUGGGUUCUAGCAGUGCACAUCCAGAACUAGAAUCGUCACAGCUGCAAGGAUAGAACUCGUUCAUUAUCUGCUGUGCUAAGCAAGCUUGCGAUUAAGAAAAAGCAGAAAUCAUGCUCUUUCUAAAUGAGAAUUGAACGCCAUUAAAUAUUAAAUAUCUUUCCACCUUAUCAAUGUUAACUGCUAACAGAUUUCACGAGCAGGUAUUAAAACAGGGUUUAGAACGUUCUUAAAAGCGUGUGUAGCAUUUUAGCUACCACACUGUUUUAAUUUGCCUGGGUGAUGCAUAAAUGUAGUGCUACUACAUUACUAAUACACUCGUGUUUUGAAACAAGAACAUUUGGCUUCCCCUUUCUAAUGUUAAUAGUUGCUAAGCGUUUUUAAUAUUUGCAGUGCAAACUGUCUUGAUUGCCGUGCAGCAACACUGUGCAACAAGUGACUUCUCAUUUAUGUUGGCAGUGCCAUCAUCUGUUUUUUGCUGCCAGAUGGAGCCUUUUCCUGUCUGAUCAGUGCCGUAGAAAACGUUCUUGCUUGUAGACUGCCCCAAAUGCUGGAGAUGUGGCGGGUGAGCGAUUGUGAAUGUAGGAAAAUACAAAGCAGUUAAAAUAGUGAAUGCACCAACCAGGAAGAAAUUGAGCACUGUGUUUUGGAGUGAAACAGAAGACCAGAAAGCAGGAAUGGAGCAUUGAAUUUUAUGUCAAGAGCAUCAAGUUUAACUGAUGUAGACAGAGAGGUUGUUACUUUCUGUUGGUCAGGAGUCAUAUCUGGUAGCUGGGAUGGCUUCAUCCCUUGGAUCCCAAGGUCCCAUUAGACCAGUAGGAAUAAUGUGCAUGGAAAAUCUGCCUAGAUGUUCUACAGAACCCAGGAUUUUAAAACUUCCAUUUUUUCUCCUGUCUAAGGCUUCCAACAUGGUGGGAAAUGUUAAUCUGUUUGGAAAGAUGUUUUCAGACACAAGGCUGGCUGGCUGCCACGUGGGGCUCAUGUUGUUGUGUCAUGUGUAUGUGAUCCCAGAGUGGGAAUGUCCUCCAGGUGUUGCGGUGUCCUUAGCAGCUCUACUGUAUGCAUCGUGAGAUCAGAAGUCACAAUGCCUUUGACUGCUCAUCUUCAGGUGUGGCUUUGGGCUAACAGGAAUUCAGGGUGUGUAAGGAGCAGAAUGCAUUCAGCCAGGGGUUUAUCACACGAUGGACUGAAUGGAAGCAGCAGAAUAGAACACCUGUUGGCUGAGCACGGAGGCAGUUUAUUUGGCCAUCUCCUGCUCUUUGCACAGAGGUUGACACCAAAAGCUGUGUCUUCUUUAACUUCAGAUCCUUCAGAGUAUAACAUGAGGAAGAAAGUGAGCUGAUUUCUGUGGGGUGUGUGAGUCUUCAGAAGCGCUGGAGGAGGGAAGGAACUAUAAACUGAGUUGGGGAAUGGAUGUUUUGGGUGCCACAAAGAUAAAGGAUUGUCUCUUUGCCAUGAGUAUGAGUGAUGUGCCAAGUACGGCCACUCUGUACUACAGAAUGCGGAGCAUUAAUCCAACCAGAAGGGUGGGGAAUUAAGAAACUUUAAGCAAGUUGUUUUAAAUUACUUAUUUUCACCUCUAUAUAUAUAAGUAUAUAUAUGUAUAAUUGAAAAGUAAAUGAGGAAUUUUGGUGGCAAGGGGUUUGUAUCAUCUAAUUCCAAAUGGCAACAUGUAGGCCUGGAGAAUUGGAUUGGGUACAUGCACACUGAAUGCUAUCCACAGGCUUGUGUUUAGCAUCCAACGUGCAGCGUGCACCCUAGAUACAUAUUUACAUUUGCUUUCAGUUCACUGGGUAUAUAAAAUCCUUUCAUGUAUAAAUAUAUGUAAAAAUAUCAAAUAACUUCAAAUUGUACCUUUCUGGAAAACAAAAUCUGUUGAAUGUGGUGGGGAAAUCUCCAGCAAUCCAUGCAAAAGGAGCACAGCUUUGAGGACGUGUGGGAUGAAGCCCAUGUUUCCCGGGAUCUUACUUUUCUUCCUCCCCUUCUAUAACGAGAGGGAUUGGGGCUGUAUCCUUUCAUAAGUCAGAAGACAGAAAAUGAACAAAACCAACAGAAACAGUACUUAUUAUCCAGCAUAUACUGAAGUAAUUACAGUUCUCAGUGACCACUUUGUGAUGCUGUGAGUUGGGGACCUCGUGGGACACUUUGACUCCAGAAAUACUUAUAACCUGAAGCUGGAUACGCAGCAUUCAGGGUGCUGAGGAUUAAUGGUCCCUUCUGAAAAUGUGCAUCACUUACCAAGCUCUUAUUUUAGGUUAGGUGUAACUACAUGAGGUAGUCCCAAACAGCAAAAGCGUGUGCCUGGGAGCUGUCUGUCCCAAUGCUUUGGAAUAAUUUAACUUAUUUUGUAUAUUGCAGAAGAUGUAUAUUGCUUAGUGUGACACUUAAAAAUGUGUACAGCUUCUGGGGGAAAGAAUAGGACACUCUUGAGUAGAUGAGACGUUUUUAUAGUUGAGGAUGUGGUGUAAAGGCCCCGGGUAUAACUGCGACUAAAAGCAAGUCCUACAGCUUGGGUUUUUGACUAUCAUUUUGUAAAUGCUGGCACCCCACAGGAUGAUGAUAUCAGGGGAUGAUACAGCAGGUAGAGAGGACACAUGCUUAAUGAAGGCAGGUGUGUCUGCAAAUAGAUCUACUAUUGCUACAUAUAACCCCAAAGGUUACUAAGGAAAACUGAAAGGUAGAGUUUUUCUAUUCCUUCAGUUGGUUUACUUUGUGCACUUGGCAGCACUUUGUGUAUAGUCAGUCUCACUGGUUCCCCAGGUGCAGACCGAGUUGGUUUCUCCUGCUGUCGGAAUGUUCUUUCCACUAACAGGAGAUGGGGAGUGGGUAGAGGGAAGCGGAAUGGAAAAAUGUGGAUGCAAGCACAUGCAAUUUGCAAGAUGGGUCUUGGACAGGCCUAAAAACUGCUUCUGAUUUGCCCUUUAAAGACUGUGUUUCAAACGGAAGGUCUCCGUGUAAGAGAAUCAUCUUGACACCCUCCUUUUCUCAUCGUGACCUUCAGAGCAACAGGAAAAGCUGUUCACGGUCUCUUUCCUUGAGGGAGCGGUUCCACCAGCACAGCAUGGGCACGGAGAAGGUUAGGAUCAGUCUGUGCAGUACUGUGACUAUGUUUGCCUUUGGGGAUGUUGGUUGGAGUCCACCCAGGUUCCUUUGUUCCUCUUUUUAUGUCCCACAGGACUAAACUGAUUAGUGAUACUUAGAUUAGUCUGUCAGAACUUGACUUAAAUGAUAAAGUCCUUCUUCUAAAACAUACAACAGGCCUUGUUACCAGUGCGCCAUUUAUUAGUUAAAAGUCCUUAACAGAUACUAAUCUGCUACUCAAGUUAGUGGUAGAAAAGGAAAUCAAACCAUACCAUACAGCAAUAUACCUUGUUUAGUUUUUCAUUUCAUAUUCAUCAUACGGACUCUAAAAUCUUGUACAGUAUCUGAUUCCUAUGCUAUACCCAUUAACAUGGUACUCCUCCCCCUAACCUGCAUGAAAACAAUUUGUUUUUCAUGCCAGUCAGGCUGCUGGUUGCCCUGCUUCGUAGAUCUGCAGCAGCCAUGAGAUGGCAUUCAACUGAUUCAAGCGCUUGAUGUCACCGUUGUCAGUAUGCACAAUGGUGCAUUCAGAUAGGUGCAGGGUUUUAGUCAGAUGCUAGACAAGCACUGGGUGUAUUCACUGCCCCAAAUAGCAUAGGACCAGGUAACUGCUAGCAGAAUGGCUGCCCUCCAAUUUUUGUGACAAUUAGAUCGAAACUGCCGGAUAGGUUAAAAUCCCAGAUAUGUGUACAUGAAAUACAGUCUUGUCUUAACCCCUGUGUGCUGUCUGUAUCUUCACAAAGAAAUCUGGAGCUCCUGAACAUCAGUCUCGUUCACAGUUGGCCUCGUUUUUCUUUUCCUUCUCUAGACGUCCCGCAAGCCGAGCUCUUUGCAGAGCUGAACCCGUGCAUUUCCAAGUCCUGAACCUUGAUUUUUAAAUCUCUUCCAUUGUGACUUGCUACAAUAUGAAAGGGAAAGGAGCGAGGGGACGCACACUGUGUGUGUGGGAGGUGGGGAGAGAGACGCUGAAUAAACUGGAAUUGUCAUUGUUGCACAUAAAUGGGGUGGUGCUUUCACUGUCCUUCCCCCCCUUGCCAGAAAUACCGCGUGCAUGUGAACCACGAUGCAUUAAAACCUUUGCAAAUGGAAGUCACGGUGGCCUCAGUGCUCAAAGGGUUAACUGCAGUUUAAUAACAGUUCAUGUUUUUAGAUUUGCAGUACACAACUGUUUAAAUACUGUAUUCCUUGUAAAUGAAGUUAAAAAAAACAAAACAAAUGUUAAGGCUGGUGCCAAUAUUUUUGUUAAUGAAUUGUUCAGCGUUGUCUCACUACAGUCUGGUCAGAACUCUUUGUGUAUAAGCUGGGCCUGAAGCCAUUUUAUAGCUUGUAGGCCUAAUUGUGUAACUUUUCUUUCAUAAUGUUUUUUUGUUAUAAUAUCUACUGUCAUUUCUUUCAUAUAAAUAUGACAUGUAAAUUGUCAUAAUAAAAACAAAAACAAAAACCUGAAA